AUGCUUUCAUGCAUUUAUCUUUGUCAAAAUGAUAAUUCUCUGAACAAUAUUGAGCUAUUGUGUAUUUUGCUUGAAAAAUUAGGAGUAAAUCUUCUACCAGCUGAAGUUUCAGGAGUAACUUAUCGUAAUGAUACAGCUGCGUUAUGUUUUGUACAACAUAUUGCUACUGUUUUACAUCAAGAAUUAGUUGAGAAAAUGAAGAAUAGUACUGCUCUGGGCUGGAUGUUGGAUGAAUCAACAUCCAGAACUAAUGAAAAAUCCUGUAUCAUUUAUGCCCGUUAUAUUGAAAAUUAUGAACCUAAAACAGCGUAUUAUGGGCUGUUAAACUUGGAUGGUGAUGGUAGUGCUGGUAAUAUUAUUAAAGCAUUAACCAGUAUGUGGGAGAAAGAUGGUCUUCAUCCAAUUAACUUCUGUUGGUUAGCCACGGAUAAUGCAGCAACGUUCACUGGUAAGCAUCACGAAGGUGUUAUUGCAAAACUCAAGCGUCAUUUAUCUGCAGAAUGGUUAGAAUCAACUCCAUGUGUUACUCAUUCGUUUACAGUUGUUGGUAGUGAAGCAUCUUAUUUACAAAGGUCUAUUGAAAAUCAAAAACCCACUCGUUCUGAAUCUGUUGUUAAACUAGAAGCGACGAUUACUGACAUUUAUAAUUAUUUUGGAAGAAGCAGUAAUCGUCAAUUUAGAUUGAAGUCUUGGCAGGCAUUUAUGGAAAUGCCAGAACUAAAAAUGAAAAAAAUAUUUGGUAUUCGAUGGUUAUCUCUUGGUGGAUGUAUUAAGCCAAUCGUCGAUAAUGUUUAUCCAGGUUCACAAGCACUUUUAACUUCCCUUCAACAAAUUGUGUUGGACAUCGAUUCAUCUAACAUAGAGCGUGAAAAUGCUAAAAGAUUAUUAACCUCGAUUUUAGAAGAUGAAUUUUUAUUUCUGUUGCAUAUGCAUCAUGAUUUACAUGAAAUCGUAUUAAGUCCUAUAACUAAGAUUAUGCAACACGGCAACCGUUCAUAUUUUAGUUUGAUGGAAACUAUAGCUGAAAAAAGGAAAAUUUUGAGCUAUUGGGCAUCUGAAUCAUCAUUGAUUAUGGGUCCAGCAUUAGGUGAUUACAUCGAAUCUACAGAAUUAGGAUCUUUUGGUGGAUUUAAAAUCAAAUUAGGUGAUAGAAAAACGUUUCGAAAAGAUUGUCGUGAACAUGUAGACCGAUUGAUUCAACAAUUAGAUAAACGUUUUAAGCCUUCUAUGGUACAAGAAAGCUUAUCUACAGGGCGUUCCAAAAGUCCGGUCGAAAAAAAAAUGUAA